AUGGACUCUGUUUUCAUCAACAUCUCGACCGUCUUGACGUUGGUGUUCAACGGCUCCGUGCUCACCUUCGAUCACCGAACGGCCCAUAAACGCAUCGUGCUCAGUGAGAACUCCACUAAAGCGUCCGUCUCAGACGAGCACACGAACUACGCCGACUGCCCCGAGCGCUUCUUCGUCUGCUCCCAGGUCUUGGCCUCCAAGGGCUUCUCCGCAGGCCGCCACUACUGGGAGGUCCGACUGAGCAGCAACAACUUCAUCGGCAUCGGCCUGGCCUACGGCAGCAUCGACCGCAAAGGCCCCAACAGCCGGCUGGGCCGCAACGACAAGUCGUGGUGCGUGGAGUGGUUCAACGUGAAGCUGUCUGCCUGGCACAACAGCAAGGAGGUGGUGCUGGUUAACCCCAACCCGAAGCGGGUCGGUGUGCUGUUGGACUGCGACGAGGGCAGGGCUACGUUUUACAACGUGUCCGACAGAGCCUAUCCCUUCCACUCGUUUACGUUUCCUUUCGCCGAGGCCGUCUAUCCGGCCUUCUGGAUCUUCUCCAGUGGCUCUUUUAUCAGUUUGUGCAAGCUUCAGUAGUGAGUUGAAAACCGUGCAUGCACCAAAACACACACACGCUACUUUUAAUACUAAUCGCUGACACGAGCAACAGAAAAACAAUGAAAACCAGUUAAAUCAGGAAGAACGAGUUUCUCUAAAGGUGGGAUCUCACCGAGCUGCAACUCUUAGAAAAUACGCUGUUGCACGUGCACUGACUUCUGAACGGUCGCGACCAGAAGGCCGCACGGCCACGUUUUUUAAAACGACGGCCCGUUUUAACGUGAGCGGUUUACAAAGCUGCGUUCUUGGCCGCGCACAUUAUUUCGUUGCGUCGUACCGGCCUCGCAUUUCUGAUUUAAUCUGGGGAAAAAAAUCCGUUACGAAGGUUUUACCAACUAGUCAACGUUCACAGCUCGGGGAAAUUUUACUUUUAGAGCAGCGGUAGCGCACACACACACACACACACACA